AUGACUUGACUUUCCAGCCUCGCGGACAGGACGAACGACUCGCGCGAUGACCGUCCCAUGGAGUUUGCUGUGGAUUCUGGGUUUGAUCUGCUCUUCGGACUCCAGCUGCUCUCCGACAUCUUACUAUAAGAGCUGCUGGAUCCGCAGAUAUCCAGGACUGUAUGUGGACAUAGAGGAAUCUCAGCGCAGAGGAGCCCACAUCCUGAAGCUUUAUCAGGAGGAGUCUGCGGUCAAGUGCAGCAGAGCCUGCUGCCUCACGCGAAACUUCUCCUGCAACCUGGCUGUGUAUCAUUUCAACACCACUCAGGACAGCGUGAACUGCUUUCAUCUUCAAUGUCCGAACCCUGAGAGCUGCAUUCCUCACCACAGAGGAAAUGUCAUCCUCUAUAAUGUCACUAAAGGUGUGGAUCCUGAUCUGUUGGUUUUCGGGAAGUACUUCACCACCAACGUGCGUGUGCUGCCUCACAUGUCCUCCUCACGACUCAAUGUAUCAGAGCCGCUGACCUCUGACAAGCGUCAGUUCAACUAUCCACCCAACCCACCCGUCCGUUCAAUCAGUCCUGCAUCCACUAGCACGAAAACACCCACAACCCCCCAACAAACCACUCGCGCUGUUCCUAGUGUGCAUCAAGUACAACAAACCCUCCCUCGAUGUACUACAACACAGGGUACGACUACUCAAAACACGUCAGAACACGUUAUAUCAACUACGUCAGAGCCUAAAAUGGACUCUACACUCAAUCCCCAACAGACGACUUCUACGUCACAGGGAGCAUUGAUAAACAUGCGUCAUACGACCACCUCUCCGACGGGUGAACCUGAUACAAUAACUGAUACUUUAAACCAAAGAAUCCCAACCCCCUCGCCUGUUUAUUUAACCACAGCCCACCCAAGCUCUACAAUUGACUUCUUUGACUCUACUUUGACCUCUAUCCCAACCAACAAAGCUCUAAGUUCCUCAACUACCCAACAGACUACUAAAAACUACAGCUUCACAGAAUACAAACUCUUUGGUAAUGCCUUCCCAAGACACUGUGCAAUCUUCAAGUUCCUCAACUAUCCAACAGUCUUUGGGAGUAAAAACUACAUCUCUACAGAAAACAAACUCUUUGGUGACUGUUUCCCAAGAAUCAAUGCAAUCUUCAAGUUCCUCAACUACCCAACAGUCUUUGGGACUAAAAACUACAUCUCUACAGAAAACAAACUCUUUGGUGACUGUUUCCCAAGAAUCAAUGCAAUCUUCAAGUUCCUCAACUACCCAACAGUCUUUGGGACUAAAAACUACAACUCUACAGAAUACAAACACUUUGGCGACGGCUUUUCAAGACACUAG